AUGCCUAAAAACAAAGACAAUAUUAAUUUUUAUCAAGUCGCCAUUUGUGGAGAUGGUGGUGUCGGAAAGACAAGCGUGACCAUUCAAUAUUCACAAAACAAAUUCGAAGGAGAAGAUGUCUAUGAUCCAACCAUUGAAAGUAGUUUCGUGGUUCGGAGACAAUAUGAAGACAUUAGUUUGGAAUUGGAAAUUGUAGAUACUGCCGGCCAAGAUGAUUACAAAGCCCUUCGAUACAAUUACAUGAAUUCAUGCUAUGGUUUCAUAUUCGUCUUUGAUGUGACCAAAGCGGAACAAAGCAUCCUGAGUCUUGUUCCCUAUGUCGAACAAAUUCGAUCCAUCAAAGCCGACAAGUAUCAACCCGUAGCAGCCCUCAAUAACCUCGACUUUCCAUGCAUUCUUCUCGGAAACAAAUGUGACUUGGUGAAUCACAUUCCAGAAAAAACCAUUCAACAAAUUAUUCAAUCGACUCUCAAAUUAGAGUGUCCAGUGUUUUACGUUUCUGCAAAAACUCGUAAAAACAUUGAGGAAGCAUUUCAACAAUUCACACGAGUGUUGCGUGUGUUUGAAACGUCACAGAAAAAUCCCGAAUGGAAAUAUCCAUCGCAUGGCAAGUCCUCACCAAGCCCACGUCUCGGAAGUUCAUUAAGCAGUUCAUCAUUGAGAUCUUCAUCGUCAUCAAAAACUAGUAAGAGUUCGAAUAGUAGUGCAGGUCGAAAAAAGAAUAUAUUUGCGUCAUUGGCAUCGGAUGAUAAUGGUUUGGAUCGUUUUGAAGAUGAUGGGUUGUGA